AUGCGAACGGCCUCUAUUCUUACCUCCGUGGCAUUGGCCAAUGCCGCUGCUGCGUCGCUGCAAAUUGUUCCGGGCGCGACCUGGACGGCCGAAGGAACCAACAAGCAUAUCCAGGCGCACGGCGGCGGCAUCAUCGAAGUCGACUCGGUGUACUACUGGGUCGGGGAAAACCACACGGACGGCAGCGCCUUCCAGUCCAUCAACUGCUACUCCAGUACCAAUCUGGUCGAAUGGACCUUGGUGGGCGAACUUCUCUCCCUGGAGAGCAGCGGCGACUUGGGCCCCGACCGGGUGGUCGAGCGACCCAAGAUCCUCUACAACGAUGACACCUCCACAUAUGUGAUGUGGCUGCAUAUCGACGACAGCUCCUAUGCCGAAGCCAAGACCGGCGUGGCCACUUCGUCGAGUGUCUGCGGGACAUAUGACUAUCUAGGGUCGUUCCAGCCUUUAGGGCACCAGUCGCGUGACAUGGGACUGUACAAGGAUGACAAUGGCGCCGCGUAUCUGCUUUCAGAAGAUCGCCCCAACGGCCUGCGGAUCGACCGGCUGACCGACGACUACCUCAACGUGUCCUACACCACCCAUCUCUUCCCGGAGCACUACGAGGCCCCGGCCUUGUACAAGCAGGACGGAGUGUACUUUAUGUUUGGAUCGCAACUGACUGGAUGGUCUGCCAAUGAUAACAAGUACACCACUUCGACGGACCUCAAUGGCACGUGGAGCGAUUGGAGCGACUUUGCGACCGCGGGAACCGACACCUAUGACUCCCAGACCACCUUUGUCAUGCAGGUUGGCGAGAGUGUGAUGUACAUGGGCGAUCGCUGGAUCUCGACCAAUCUGAUGGCGUCAACGUACAUCUGGUUGCCAUUGACGCUGGACGGCACCAACGCGACCUUGGUUGACAGCUCCAACUGGAUCCCCUCCCUGGACGGGACCUGGUCCUCUGGAGGCGAGGAGACCGACCCCGAAGCCGAAGCCUCCAGCAAUGUGCUCUCGAACGGCGCGACCGUCAUUUCAUGCAGCGGCUGCUCGGGCGGCGAAUCCGUCGGCUGGAUCGGCGGCCCCGACAACGGCACCCUCGAGAUCCGCAACGUGUCCAGCGAGGCCUCCACCACCACCAGUAUCCAGGUGCGCUACGAAAAUGGAGAUUCCUCCCAACGGUUUGCAACCGUCACGGUCAACGGCAAGUCGCAGAUCCUGGCGUUCUUGCCGUCCGACAAUGGGAAUACCCCGGCCUCGUCCGUGCUGAAUGCUCAGUUGGAGAGCGGCGAUGACAAUGUGAUUAUCUUUAGCGCGUAUGAAGAGGGAUACGGACCUGAUAUUGACCGGUUGCUGGUGCCGGAUGAGUAG